AUGGACUACGAUGUUAGUUCCGCCGCCGUUCUUGUCCCACGAAUCAGUGAGCAGCUCUCACAAAGCCUGAGCACACUGAAGGAUAGAUUCAUUCUUGACGAUAACACCAAUACGGAGCAGCCACCCAUUUCCCCUCUUUUCCAAUCCAUCCAGGAGGGAUGUCCUUCUGAUGUUAUUCCCUUUCACCAUCAGGAAGAGGUCGUAGCCACCAAUGGCUCUCAUGAUGCUACACUCCUUUCCAUAGGCGAUCUUGAUUCCAUCGAUGCUAAUGAUCUCUUUUCAUUCUUCCUCGAGGAUAUCCCCACUUUGGAUUCCACAGCCUUAGUUGAUGGCAAACCACAGGAUACUCUAACGUCUGUUUUUGAUGCACCUCUCGGUACAUCGCCACACUCUCCAUUGUCCUCUGAUCUUGAUAUUCCAUCGGACCUUCUUGAUCUCAUCGAUUCCUCGUUGAGUGGUUCAUUAAGACAAAAAUCAGGUUCCUCUUCCUCCUCGGACCCCCCCUCUCGGGAAAAAAUGAUCAUGGAUGCGAGCCCUUCCUACUGUUCAGAAGUAGAUGAUGAUCAAUACGGUAGUGGAGAUGAAGAGCAUAUUGAGCGAGCGAUGCCUUCCCGAAGACGAGGUCGGGGUGGUAAUUUUUCCAAUCCACCAUUGUGUCUCCACAAUGAGGAUCUGGCUCGUGGCAAACCUGGACAGCGGUUAGUUCUCACAGCUGAAGAGAAACGUCUUCUAGUUCAGAUGGGUCAACGCAUCCCGACAGCGUUUCCACUCACACGUGGUGAGGAGCGGGCGAUUAGGACUAUGCGUCGGAAGAUACGGAAUAAGCUCUCAGCUAAGGCAAGUCGCGCGCGACGCCAGGAGUAUCUUUCUAGGCUUGAAUCGCGGGUGGCUGAUUGCCAUAAGGAGAAUCAGCGUCUGCGUAGUCGUGUUACAGAGUUGGAAAAGGACAAACGCGGUCUGCUAGCAAACCUUCGCCAGAUGCGCUCCUACGUGGCCCGCUUGAUUGCAGGUACCUGGUCGGCAACAAACAGUGGCAACGGCUUGAAAAGUGAUUCCACCACACCUCCACUGCAGCCACUCUUACCUCUCACUGUACCUCGUCAAAAUCAACAUCAGCAACAACAACAACAACAACAGCGCCUGCGGAUGAAGUCAGGCAAACCGGCUAGUCUGCUGCUGGUGGCACUCAUGAUUCUCGCCUCUUCCACUAUCUUGCCUCUGCCCGGUUUGGAUGCACCUAUCUCCAAAGACGUUGCAGCUGCUGAUCAGGGUGUUCUUUCUGGUCGAUCUAGAGUUCUGCUGAACCAGAAGAUUGAAGAGGAUUACGCAUUGGAGCACAAAAGUGAGAACUCUCUCCCUCCUCCACCCUCCAUUGUCGAUCGUGCAACUGAUGCGGUGGAUGAUGGUCUCGGCGUCAAAACGAAAGUUCGCGUCUUGAAUAAGAGUGCCGAUCGAGUGAUUGUUCAAUCAGUAAAAGAAGAGGAGGGGGAUCAAUUUGAUCCAUUCCUGCUGCCGACAAAUGCGGGGAUGAAGGAAGGUCUGAUGCCUAAGGUGAAAAAAGGGCCAGAUAUUAGUCAUCAGAAAAGUGUUCUGAUGCCGUACUCGGUAGAGGAUCUUUGA